GUGUGUGUGUGUGUGUGUGUGUGUGUGUGUGUUUGUGUUGGAUGACAAUUGAGGAGCCGUGGACUGAGUAACCUCUUUUAUGUUUGCUGUUCACACAGCCCUACCUUACCCCCACACUGCCCCCCAACUGUGGGGCAUGAUUUUGCAACUGAUCUUCUGCAUGCGUUUUUAUUGAUAGCCUAGUUUUUAUGUGUAUAUACUGUACAUACGUACUAUAUUGGCUACCUUUUCUUUAAUUUGGAUUAUACUUUAAUUGCACAUUCAACUAGUAUUUAAUACAGAUUUCUUAGUUAUGUGCAUAGAUUUAUGUUCAAACUUAUUUAACCCCCAUUGUAAGUGUGUGCUUUAGUAAGACUGACAUUUAUUUUUGUAAAUCCUAUUUGUAAAUAAGACCAAAGAAAUCAUGUACAAUUGCAAUAUUUCUGGUGAUAUACCAACAAAUGUCCUCUCUGUGUGGACAACAUUAUCCAUUGUGGUUUAUCCGCAUCCUUCUUGACAUCCUAGAAUUGAACCCUCUUGUUCUUUGGAAGCAGGGGAAUGCACCUGGGAAUUCUAGCAUGGAGGCUUUCUAUUAUGCUUCUUAUAGUGUGACCUGAAACUUUCCACCUCCAUCUGAACCAGAGGGGGGAAAAUUCAGGUGCAGGGGCCACAUCCAGCCCGCUGAGCCAUUUGAUGCGGCCCGCAGAGCCUUUUCAAGAAAGGCAACUUUUAAAUUCAGAUUCACGUGGUCACUCACCAUUCUUAAAAUGACUACCUAAAACAGGGGUCUGGCCAACUUAAAAUGAACCAAGUACAUAGGCUGCAUCUUACAUUUCAUUACAAUGUUCAGGAAUGGCAUAGCUGACAAGUUAUGCUAGCGUAGACUGUUUCUUAUUAUUGGGCAAGUUUCUAAACUCAGUGUGGCCCUCGGGCCAAAAUAAUUGUACACCCCUGAAAACACAGCACACAAUGGCACAACGGUAUUUUCAUAUUUUGAUUACAGUUCUUCAAAAAAGGGGGUACACUUAUUGAGUCUUGACCAAAUUGCAUCUGAGAAUCAAUGCUUGGUUUUCUGGUAUAUGUUGUGUCAAAAUGAUUAGGAUGUUAACUGAAUGAGAGACUUCAAAUACAUGUUAUACAAAUCAGCAUGACAUUGCAAAUUUUUUGGCAUGAACUUUUGUUGGCAUACUGUAUGCUGGGUUGUGUAUUUUGGAAGCUGUACAUGCCAACCGGUCAUUUGCUGUGUUUGACCUUGCUGGGACAUAAUGCACUAUAACACCAGUUGAUAGGGCUGGUCUGGGGGAGAAAUAGGGCCCGGGCACUUUUGGAUUAAAGGGGCCCCUCACAAUUAGCGGCGCAGAACUGACUCACCGUUGAGCCCCGCACCCUCAUGGGCCAUUUUUUUUAUUAGAUUUCAGAAAAUAUGGGCCCAUCGGGAAAUGCCCGUUAUGCCAGAUAGCCAGUCCAGCCCUGCCAGUUGAUCAUUUGUGAACCCCUGUAGUUCAACCUGUAAGGAUGGGAACCAUUGGCUUGUCUCAUUUCUUUUUAUUUCUUUUUUAUUAUACAUUUUUUGGUCUUUCUGACUUUUUUUCCAUUUAUGACAGGACAGUGAAGGUGGUGACAGGAAACGAGAGGGUAGAGAGAGAAGGGCAAGGGCCGGCAAAGGAUCCGGGCCAGGAAUCGAACCUGGGUCGGCCGCAUGCCAGACGAGUUGGCCACGGCAGGACCUGUCUCAUUUCAUUUUAUACUGAAACUUGUUCCCACAGACAGUUGUUUUUUUAUUGUGACCUGUAUUGCGCAUGUGCUCUUCAUCAGAUGAAUCAGUGCUGUGUAGUACUGUAUGAGUUUCUGUACUAUGUGAUGGUGGAGUGCCGAGGCCGAUGCCUGUCCCAUAUUGCUGAGGAAUGAAGGUUUGGAUGAGAAGAUGGCCUCGACUGCUAGAGGACAAGUGCACUAUUUUGAACAUUAAUCAAUUUUUUCUGAGUUGUCUUCCAUGUUUAGAGAGCCCGCCUCAACAAUUAUUUCAUGUUUGCUGCUGUCUCUGUUAUUUGGCUAAUUUGGAUUUUGUCUGAGCCGGCUUUAGGGCAUGACAUGUCCAUAUCUGUUCUUAAAACCACCCUACAUAUUUGUUGUCAAGAAUGUGUAACCUCACAGCCCUGGCCUAACGGUAUGGCACUGGGUUACUACACCGGCGACCUAGGUUUGAUUCUGGCCCGGGUCAUUUGCCGAUCCUUCCCCGUCUCUUUCUCCCCACUCAUUCCUGCCUCUCCUCUGCUGUCCUGUCGAAAAUAAAGGUAUAAAAAGUCCUAAAAAAUAUAUUACAAAAAAAGAAGAAUGUGCAACUGUCGCUGUUUUUAAGUGUGCUUUAUGAACAACUUGCUUACCGUACUUACUUAUUUGUUUCAUAGUUCCUGUGUUUCUGCCAAAGUGCUACUGAAACGACCUCUGUUGCUGGGCAGCCAUGAGUGUGGCCAAGAAGGAACCACGCGAGCCCUGCUGCUCCAAACUGAAGCUGUUCCUGAUGGCGCUGUCGUUCGUCUACUUCGCCAAAGCGUUCCAGGGUUCCUACAUGAAGAGCUCGGUCACUCAGAUCGAGAGGCGCUUCGAUAUCCCCAGCUCUAUAAUCGGGGUCAUCGAUGGCAGCUUUGAAGUCGGUAACCUGUUGGUCAUAACGUUUGUGAGCUACUUUGGUGCCAAGCUGCAUCGGCCACGUUUGAUUGGUGCAGGCUGCCUCAUAAUGGCCGCCGGAGCCUUCUGCACUGCCCUGCCACACUUCUUCCAGGGGACGUACAAAUAUGAGACCACCAUCUACUCUACCGAGGGCAACUCAUCCAAGACGGUGCUGCCAUGCCAUAGCCACCUUGAAGAGGAGGGAGAAGCUCCCACCGCCCAGAGCCAAGCAGAGUGUGAGAAGGCGGCCGGCUCCUCCAUGUGGAUCUACGUGUUCCUGGGGAACAUGCUGAGGGGUAUCGGGGAGACGCCUGUCAUGCCCUUGGGGGUCUCCUACCUGGAUGACUUCGCCCGUGAGGAAAACACUGCCUUCUACCUGGCAUGUAUACAGACAAUAGGUAUCAUGGGUCCCAUGUUUGGCUACAUGCUGGGAUCUUACUGUGCAAAGAUCUAUGUGGACAUCGGUGUGGUAGAUAUGGACAGCAUAACCAUCAACCAUAAGGACUCGCGCUGGGUGGGCGCCUGGUGGGUGGGCUUCAUCAUCACCGGCAGCGUCAUGCUUCUGGCCGGCAUCCCCUUCUGGUUCCUGCCCAAGAGCCUGCCCAAACAGGGGCAGAAGAAGAGCAAGGGGAAGGAGGGCGGGGAGGCAAGCGCUGAGCAGGAGACCUUGAUGAAGAAGAAUGACCAACCGGUGUCAAUGGUGGCUAUGGCCAAAGACUUCCUCCCGUCGCUGAAGAGGCUGUUCAGUAACUCGGUCUACAACCUCAUCAUCCUCACCUCCCUAGUGGCAGUCAACGGCUUCAUUGGCAUGAUCACCUUCAAGCCCAAAUUCAUGGAGCAGACGUACGGACAGUCACCCUCAAAGGCCAUCUUCCUCAUAGGCAUCAUGAACCUGCCAGCUGUGGCUCUGGGCAUCAUCACGGGGGGCACCCUGAUGAAACGUCUGAAACUGAGCGUGCUCGGAGCAGCUCGCAUCUCCCUCAGUGCAUCCUUCAUCUCCUUCUGCCUCAUGCUCUCACAGUACUUCCUGCAGUGCGACAACGCACAGGUGGCAGGACUCACCGUCAACUACCAGGGGGCGGCAGCGGUGUCAUACGACCAGAGCACCCUGCUCUCCCCGUGCAACCAGGCUUGCUCCUGCUCCAUAAAGCACUGGGACCCCGUCUGCUCCCAUAACGGCCUGACCUACGCCUCCCCCUGCCUGGCCGGAUGCCACAGCACCACUGGCACUGGCAAAGACAUGAUCUUCCACAACUGCACGUGUGUGUCGGAGGUAGCCAUGCCGCCAGCCAACAUGUCCGUCACACUCGGACAGUGCCAACGCAAGGAAGACUGUGAUUGGAUGUUCAAGUGGUACAUGGGCGUGUCUGUGGUGGGGGCAUUUGUGUCAGCUUGCGGGGCAACACCUGGAUAUAUCGUCCUGCUCAGAUCAAUCGCCCCUGAUCUGAAGUCACUCGCGUUGGGAAUGCAGACGCUGAUAGUAAGGACACUAGGUGGCAUCCCUCCUCCCAUCUACUUCGGGGCGCUGAUUGACCAGACCUGCCUGAAGUGGGGCACCAAGCGCUGUGGGGGACAGGGGGCCUGCCGAAUCUACGACACAGACGCCUUCAGGUCGAGGUUCCUGGGCCUUAUGUACGGGCUGUACGCCCUGUCCUAUGUCCUCUGGGGGGUGCUGUACCGCACCCUGGUCAAGAGGCAGAGGAAGCUGGCCAAUAGGGCCAAGGAAGAGGAGCAGGCAGCCAAUGGAGUGGCUGCAUCUCCUGCCAACAUCCAGAUAGCCAAUGGGACGGCGAAGGACCUGGGUGGCGGCUCUGAAGCGGACAAAGGCAAAGCAGAGGAGGACAGGGAGACGACAAUCUGAGGAGAGACUUGCUGGAGCCGCUGGUAGUAUUAGCAGGUGCCAAUGUUUUUUUUGUUUUUUUUUACUGUGAGUUUUUUUUACGGUGAUCCACAAAAUAUUCAAACCACAAACCACAACAGUUGAGUCACAGAAUAGCUGCGGAAAUGGUCUCAAAUUUCCUU